AAGAACGAGUGCGAUCCAAUAGACGACAAUAUAAACUAAAAUUACAAAACAAAAUAAUAAAAAAAAAAAGGUUUAAAUAUGCCUGAGGGAUUCCUAAAAAUCACCUACCACUAUGCACCAGCUGGUUCAACGAAGAAGCUGAAUAUAUUUGUACCACUGCUAUUCGAUCAAUUUAGUCAUUUGCAUUCAGAAAUUGAGAGGUACCUGUUUGAGGAGCGCGAUCUGCCUGUUUGCAAUUUCAGGAUAUAUUGGAUUGAUUCGGAUUCUGAUGAAAUUGAUAUCUCCAAUCAACGUGACUACUCAAUCUUCUUGGCAGAAUGCAAGAAGAAUAUGCAUUUGCAUAUUGCUGACUGUGGCAUCUAUGAUGAUCCCUCAAAUUUCAUUACUCAUGAGGGAGUAGAGUGCGAUUCAUGCAAGGCUUGCCCACUGAUGGGUUUUCGCUACAAGUGUAUGCAGUGUCACAGCUUUGACCUGUGCCAGGCCUGCGAGUCGGCACACAAGCACCCGGAGCAUUUUAUGGUGCGAAUACCCGCCAACCAACAACGGAACUAGUUUUGUUGAUGCCUGGAUAACUAACUGGUUCCGGUACCAGUUCGCGCAAACAACUAAUGCACUUUGAUAGGGAUGCAGACGCUUGCCAGACAUUCUGACCAACAUCCUACAUUUGCACAAUGACAAUAUAUUCAUAAAAUGAUCACUUGCAUAUUUUCAAUUUCAAAGUACAAACGACGGACAAGUGCGGUUCACCUGUUUUCAUAGACUGUGUCAACAAAUAACGAUCCAAUUAAAAAGAGAAAACAUCAAUAGCCUGCAAUUAAAUUUACUUGAAAAAGAAUAAAACCAAAACAAAAACCAUAAAAACCAGCGAUGCCGUUCUAUUGCACAAAUCAUAUGGAAGAGAGAAAGCCAACGCAGUUUCCUGCAGAGUAAGCGAAGUUGUUUCGUUACAGUUACAAUGCAAUGUCUGGCAGGGAGAAUGAGAUGAGCAAUGAGUGAGAGCGAGGCACACGUAUGCGGCAUCAGCCGCAGCGCAGCCGCAGUUGUGCGCCGAGCGAAAUGCGGGGCUUCGUAUUGAUCGUUCGGCUUUCGAGGCCGGCGUUCGGCUGCCACUCUCAGCAGUCUUACUCUCUUCGGGUCCCUUGGGGUUUCCUUGUAGCGGCUUAUCAUGUUUCGAUUAUCGUAUCUAUGUAAUGUAUGAUUAGUGAUAUCACUCUAUAAACAAAUAGGGGGCCUCAGAAUGAUUUGGCAAAGGCACUAUAAAAGCAGAAUCUCAUGCCAUGCGAAAGUAUAUACGAAGAACGAGUGCAACGCUAUAGACGACAUAGACAAACAAGUAAUAGCAACUAAAGUUAUUUACAAUCGCUGUCUACAUUUUCUAACAUUCAAAUAAAGUAUUUAAAAAAAAAAAAAGUUGUUAAUAUGGCUGAGGGAUUGUUAAGAAUCACAUACCACGGACUACCCUCUGGUGCAACGAAGAAGCUGAAUGCAUAUUUGCGAAUGCCAUCAAAUACUUUGGCAGAUUUGCGUCGUGAAAUUGAGACGUACCUGUUCCAGGAGCGCGAACAGCCCGUUUGCCAUUUCAGGACAUAUUGGAUUGAUUCAAAUUCUGAUGAAAUUGAGGUCAUCAAUCAGAAUGACUAUGAAAUUUUCUUGGCUAAGUGCGAGAAGAAUAUGCAUUUGCACAUUGCUGCCUGUCACGUCGAACAGGAAGAUGUCAAGCAGGCGCCAGCGCCGAGUCCGGCUGUAGAUGAUCCCACAAACUUCAUUGUUCAUAAUAAAAUACAGUGCGAUUCCUGCAAGGCCUGUCCACUGGUCGGCUUUCGGUACAAGUGCAUGCAGUGUCCCAACUUUGACCUGUGCCAGGCCUGCGAGUCGGCACACAAGCACCCGGAGCACUUUAUGGUGCGGUUACCCAAUAACAACGGACCGAAAUAUAUUGAUGCCUGGAUAACUUAUACCAUCCUUCAUCGUCUCUCAGCCCCUCGCCACCGUGAUCAAGCUACAGUUAAACUGAUAACAACUAACGAAGAAGAAGAAAACGCUUCCAUACUUGUCGCUAAUUUGCACUUUGAUAAAGAUGCAAACGCAUGAUAGACAUGCCUGUAAUGAAGCCCUAUAAACCAACAUUUUUACAAUCUCAAUAAAUAAUCCCACCGCAGACAUGCCAAACAAGUAAGAGGUUCUAGUCGGGAGCUCCCGACUAGGGGAUACCCUGAGCCCUCUUCU